AUGUCCGUCGCGAUCCCCAAGCGCCAGCUCUUCAUUGGCGGUCGAUGGGUCGAGCCCGUCAAGGGUGGUCGUCUGCCCGUCAUCAACCCCUCCACCGAGGAGGAGAUUGGCACCAUCCCCGCUGCCACCCCGGCGGAUGUCGAUGCCGCCGUCUCGGCUGCCCAGGCCUGCGUGGACAGCGGCGAUUGGACCCGGUCCACGGGCGCAUACCGCGCCAAGAUCCUGCAUGCCAUCGCCGACAAGGUACGCGAGCAGAAGACCUUCCUGGCCACCCUGGAGAGCCUUGACAAUGGCAAACCCUUGGCCGAGGCGGAGUGGGAUGUGGACGACGUGGCCACCUGCUUCGACUACUACGCCGACCUGGCGGCGGCCCUGGACGCGCGGCAGUACGAGCCUGUGGACCUUGGCGCCGAGGGGUUUGAGUGUGCGCUGCGCCGCGACCCGCUGGGCGUGGUGGCCCUCAUCACGCCCUGGAACUACCCGCUGCUGAUGAGCACGUGGAAGGUGGCCCCCGCGCUGGCGGCUGGCAAUGCGGCGGUGCUGAAACCCAGCGAGGCCGCCUCGCUGACCAGCCUGGAGCUGGCGGGCAUCGCCGGGGGCGCCGGCCUGCCCCCCGGCGCGCUCAACGUGGUCACGGGCCUGGGCCCUGACGCCGGCGCGCCGCUGUCCGCCGACCCGCGCGUCGCCAAGGUGGCCUUCACCGGGUCCACGGGCACGGGGCGCGCGGUGUACCUGGCAGCCGCACGGAACCUGCGCCCGGCGGUCAUGGAGCUGGGUGGCAAGUCGGCGCUCAUCGUCUUCGACGACGCCGACGUGGCGCGUGCGGUGGAGUGGGCCAUGUUUGGCGUGUUCUGGACCAACGGACAGAUCUGCAGCUCCACCUCGCGCCUGCUGAUCAGCGACCCCCUGGUCCCCGGGUGCCGCCUGGGGCCGUUGGUGAACGAGCUGCAGUACAAGAAGGUGGUGGGGUACGUGGAGGCGGGCAAGGCGGACGGCGCCACGCUGCUCACAGGCGGGAGGCGCCCCCCUCACAUGCCCAAGGGCUACUACCUCGAGCCCACAGUGUUCAUCGACUGCAAGCCGGAGCACCGCAUCUGGCGGGAGGAGAUCUUCGGCCCCGUCCUGGCCAGUGCCACCUUUGAGACGGAGGCCGAGGCCAUCGCUCUGGCCAACGGCUCCGAGUUUGGCCUGGCCGCCGGCGUCAUCUCCAGCGACCUGGAGCGAUGCAGGCGGGUGCAGGAGGCGCUGCAGGUCGGCAUCUGCUGGAUCAACUGCAGCCAGCCCUGCUUCUGCCAGGCGCCCUGGGGCGGGGUCAAGAACUCCGGCUUCGGCCGCGAGCUGGGGCCCUUUGGCUUCGAGGGCUUCAUGUCCGUGAAGCAGGUGACCACCUACACCAGCUCGGACAAGUGGGACUGGUACCCGGAGACCGGCCCCUCCCCCAGGUUGUAA